AGGUAUUUGCCAAGUCCAAUCGAUGUUAGUAAUUAUGCUCUUGAUCAAAAUAAGAAUGGUGAGAAAGUUGAAUUGUCUGGAAGUGUUGAUGAGCCAUUUGUAGCAAAGGUUUUCACAAAUAUGUAUAGGAUUAGGUACUUAUUAACUUAUCUAAGAAUCUAUCAGGGUGUUAUUAAGAAGGGUGAUUUUAUUACAAACGUUAACACUGGUAAGAAGAUUAAGAUUCCUUGUUUGGGUAAGAGACAUUAUGGUAAGAUUAAGGAAGUUGAUGAAGCUCAUGCUGGAGAAAUUGUUUUUGUGUUUGGUGCUAUUCUUAGAUCUGGAGAUACUUUUACUGAUGGGUCUGUUAGAUAUAUAAUGACUUCUGCCGAUGUUCUCCGUCUCAAAAGUUUCUGGAGAGAAAUUUUCAAAUGGUGUGAAUGGAUUCAUUCAAGAGAAUUGAUCCUACUUCGCCAGUUGGUUUGGCUUGUUAACUAUGCUUUGGCUCAAGGUGAAGAGAGAAAAUAGACAUGAAUAAAUGUUGUUGCAAGUGGACUGGAGUGAUACAAUCUACAAAGAAAUAAGUACAUUGAACAAUACUACAAUAUUUG